AUGUAUGAGGCCUUGCCGAGUGGGAGGUUCACACGUAUGUUGGAGAUAGUAGCUGCGACUCCUUUGCAGCCUGAGAGACUCGUCCUACGCAUGAGGACAGUAGAUCUGGACAAGGUCACACCAUCAAGCAGAGAUGCCAAAGCACUUGAUUCGGAACAGACAGAUGAGGAUGAUGAUGAUGAUAAUGACGGAGAGGGGUUCGAUGCACUUUCUUAUACUUGGGGAGCACCAUGGUCGACACCAGAGUAUGAGUCGCAGUAUGGGCCCGAAAACGAUGUUGACAUUAUCGUGCUUGUCCACGGUGAUAUGCGGCACAAGCAGCGUAUAGGCAGAAACUUGUACGAGGCUCUUUGCCGUAUCAAGGCUUCGGAAAGCUCACCAAAGUGGCUCUGGGUAGACGCCGUCUGUAUCAACCAGCAAGAUCCGUCCGAGAAGGGAAAGCAUGUUUUACUAAUGAGCGACAUUUACACGAAAGCGAUGAGAGUGAUCGUCUGGUUCGGCCAAGGUAAUGUCGACGACUACAAGCAUCUAGCGUGGCUUCACAGCCACGCUCUUGACGUUAUCGAAGACUACGUUGAGGACAAUAUGCCACUGCAGCGAUCGGACUUCUCUCAGGUCGCUGGAGGAGAGGGUAUCGUCGUUCACUGCCUCAAUGAGUAUCUUUUACCACGGGAGGCCUUGACCGCAUUGUACAAAUUCUACGCUUAG